UUGCAUAUGUUUGGUUAGUGUUAAGGGCAGGUGAGGCCAAUUGAACAGGUUGAGGCAAGUCUGCUAUUCCUGUUCUACAGAGAAAAUGUUGAAGCCCAGCCCAUUUAUGGGAGAGAAGAUAAACACCACAACUUAAAAGAAGGGGGAGAGCAGUUGGGUCUCUGCUCUCAUUCGCCACAACCGGUCCAACAGUUCAGGACGCCCACUAUUUGUGCUUUAGCGAGACUACUUUGAAGCCAGCCCACUUUGUGGGAGGGAAUAUAAAGUGUGCAACUCAAAAGAAGGUGAAGAACUGGAUUUCCACAGAGGCUACAGCUAUUUAAGGAAUCAGCCAUGGCUGCAGAAGCACAGAACACUUGUUAUGAGGGUGACACUGUCCACAUUUUCCAGUUCUAUCUGGAACACUCAGGAGAUCACAAGGCCAUCAUGCAGUGUGUUAACAAUCUCCUAGCAAGAGAAUUUAAAAGGAUUGGAGAGGGUAAAAGCAGCCUGGGCGUUCUUGGUGUUGGAAGUGGUGGAGCCAACAGUGGAUGGGACAUCUUGUGGAAGACUUACAGCAAGGAGCUGUGUGUAGGUGUCAUUAAAGAGGACCGUGCAUCAGCAGAGGUCAUUGCCUGUCUGGAGAGCCUGGGUCUGAAAUACGAUGAGCAUUCAGCUCCCAACACCUUCGACAUUACCGAGUGCUUCAAUCCAGGCAGCUACCAUGGAGAAUGCCUGCUGAGUGUCAUGACAGGAAACAACAAAUUCCACGAGUCCUUCACCCCAGAGAUCAGAGCGGGCAUGUUAGAUCUUCUAAGGAGAAAGUGCAGCACAGAGAAGGAUGGCAAAGUGUUGUUCAACGGCGAUCUGAGCUGCAUUGUUGUUCAUGCUUAAAUAUAUACUGUGAAGAAAUGUCCAUCUAUUCUGCUGGAUCUUUAUUCUGUAAGUUUGUCAGAAAGAAUGAAUAAAAUCAAUAUAGUUCAGUU